UCAAAAUAAUUUCAUCAUAUUAUUCAUUCAACUCUCAUUCUCAACAUUACUCUCGAAUCCAAAAUCCUCUCCCAAGUCCCAUCAUUUAAUUAAUUAAUUUUUCCACAAGUUAUAAUUAUUAUCGUGGAAUUAUGAUGAAGAGGAGUCGAGACGGCGAGGCCGACGACAUCUCCGUCAUGGCCAACUGCUUGAUGCUUUUAUCCACUGCCGUCGCUGGCACUGGUGCCAGCGACGGCAGAGGAGAUUCGUCGCGAAUCUUCACAUGCAAGACGUGCAACAGGCAGUUCCCGUCGUUCCAAGCGCUCGGGGGCCACCGCGCCAGCCACAAGAAGCCGCGACUGGGCGGCGGCGGAGAGCCGCCGUCGCCGUCGCCGCCGAAGCCGAAGACCCACGAGUGCUCCAUUUGCGGGCAGGAGUUCCCGUUGGGUCAAGCCCUCGGAGGCCACAUGAGGAGGCACAGAACGGCCAUGGUUGAUCAGAGCCACCGCGCGCCGCCGCCGUCGCCGCCGUUGUCCCUUUUUCCGGUGGUGAAGAAGCCGAACAACAGGAGGGUCUUCUCCCUCGAUCUCAACUUGACUCCGUUAGAGAAUCAGUAUUUUUUUAUUGCUUCUUCGUAUGUAUAAUUACAUCUUUCAUUUAAUUUUUUUGGUCAUCUUUUUUUUAUUAAUUAGAUCUUGGAUUUGAUUUUUUUUUGGUAAUCUUUUUUUAUUUUACGGAGAUAGAACUAGAACACCUUCAUUCUUUCCACUUUGAUGGUUCAUUUCUUAUUAGUGAUGUAUAGGAUUUUAUUUGAAAUUCAUCAAAUAUUGUUUCUAUUUAA